AAAUUGUUCUCUCUCUUUCAACUUCAUUAAAUAUAAUACAAAUGGCUGCUCGUCCCGUUAUCUCCGUCUUCUCUGAGUCUGGCAAGGAGGCCAUUGGCACCCAGGUUCUGCCUGCUGUCUUCAAGGCUCCUAUCCGUCCUGAUGUUGUCCAGUUCGUCCACAAGAACAUGAACAAGAACCACCGCCAGGCUUAUGCCGUCUCUGAGAAGGCCGGUCACCAGACCUCUGCCGAGUCCUGGGGUACCGGUCGCGCUGUUGCCCGUAUUCCCCGUGUCUCUGGAGGCGGUACGCACCGCUCUGGCCAGGCCGCUUUCGGAAACAUGUGCCGUGGUGGUCGCAUGUUCGCCCCUACCAAGAUCUGGCGCAAGUGGCACGUCAAGACCAACCAGAACCAGAAGCGCUUCGCUACUGCCUCUGCUUUGGCUGCCUCUGCCCUCCCCUCAUUGGUCUUGGCUCGUGGUCACAGAAUCGAGCAGAUUGAGGAGGUCCCUCUCGUUGUCAGCAACGGUAUCGAGUCCUUGACCAAGACCAAGGCUGCCGUCGCUCUCCUCGAGGCCGUCAACGCCUAUGCUGAUGUUGUUAAGGUCUCCAACUCCCGCAAGCUCCGUGCUGGUGUUGGUAAGAUGCGUAACCGUCGUCACCGCCAACGCCGCGGUCCUCUCGUCGUCUAUGCUGAGGAUAACGGUAUUGUCAAGGCCUUCCGCAACAUUCCCGGUGUCGAGCUCGCCAAUGUUCGCACUCUUAACUUGUUGCAGCUCGCCCCCGGUGGCCACAUGGGCCGCUUUAUCAUCUGGACCCAGAGCGCCUUUGCUCUCUUGGACCAGAUCUAUGGCACCUACCGCAAGCCUUCUGCCCUUAAGAAGGACUAUUCUCUUCCCCAGCACAUCAUUUCUAACCCUGAUAUCACUCGCAUCAUCAACUCUGCUGAGAUUCAGGGCUCGUUGAAGGCUGCUGGUCCUGCUAAGACUCCUCGUCCUUACACUCAGAAGAAGAACCCCUUGAAGUCUAUGGCCGUUAUGAACCGUCUCAACCCCUAUGCCCAAACUCUUCGCCGUGCCGAGAUCCUCAAGAAGACCCAGAAGAAGUCUACCAAGAAGGCCCCAAAGCCCUCUGCUGCUUUCCUUGAGACCCUCCACGCCGAGUAAAGUGUCUGCAGCAUUUGUGGUUGUUGGCAGGGGAUAGUUUCUUUAGUCUCGGGAAUAAGCUGCAAAUAUUUUACAUGAGAAGCGCUGAGAUCAAUAAAGCUACUCUCCACAGAUAAUCGAACAGAUUGUUACAAAAG